AUGCGCCCGACGCAGUCCCGCGCGGCGCGGCGUCAAGUCAAUAGACCACCGCUUGACGCGCGCGGCGUCGAGACGCUCAUUCGCGAGCGCGUCGAGGCGCGCGACGCGGAAAAUAUUGACAAAAAGUGCGUCGCGCUCAAAGGCUUGCGCUUAGAAAACGCCGAUGCGUUGCGCGCGACGCUCAUUUCGGCGCAUCAACACGGCGUGCACGCGCUCAACUUGUCGUGUUCCUUAGCCUUGCUCACGUUCGAGGAUAUUGCGCGGGCGUUUAGGAGUGCGAAAUCGUUCGGGGCGAGCGAAUGGGCGUUGGAGGAACUGUCGCUGGCGGGGACGCCGACGCUCGGCGACGACGACGACGUCGAUGAGCACGUCGUUCGACACUUCGUCAGUCAAUUGUUGCGCGUAAGGAAGCUCAAUCUCGCGAAAUGCGCGCUUGCCGGGCGCGUGGUAAAGAUUUUAGUGGAGAUGCUCGAGGCGCCGCGGAGCGAGAACGAACGGCGAUGCGAGAGCUUGAACCUUCGCGAUAACGACGUCGACGAGGAGAGCGGCGAGGCGCUGUUGAGGGCGUGCGCGGGGAGUGAUGAUGUGGUAGAGAUUAUAUUGACGAAUAAUCAUCGCGUGCACGCGGAGACUGUGGCGGCGGUGGCGCUCAAGUGUCGGGAAAACUGGAGAAGGAAACGUGCGGCGGAGGCGACCGCGGCGCUGAGAGACGGCCAGGAGGCCGUCUUGUCAUUUCGUAAGAUGGGCUUGACGGACGACGACGUCGAUGGAUGUGUAAACAGAGCGCUCGCAUCGUGUAUGGGUGUGGUCAAGCUGGACGUUCGCGAUAAUGCGCUCGGUGAAGACGGCAUGGUGGCGCUACGAAACGGCGUCACCGCGUCGCGAGUGACUAGCGUCAACGCGAGCGGGAAUCCAGGAUUCGGCACGGAGUCGUUCAGAAAGCUCUCUGGGCAGGCUGCGGCGAAUUUUAUUCGAUACGAUGAGUGUGAUGAAGCGUUAAAGAGUGUUUCUGAUCGGCAUUUAGGCGACGAAGGAGCCUCGAUACUUGCAGCCGCUUUACGCGAGAAGGGCGAGAGCGUGCGUGCAGUGGGCGCGCAUCACAACGGUAUAGGCUCUCUUGGGUGCGUUCAUAUAGCAGAUGCGUUGCGUGAAACGCACAGUAACCUUCGUGAACUGGCAAUGUACGCAAACAAUAUAGGGAUUGAGGGUGCGAUGGCGUUGGCGCGAUUGGUGGAAUCGCACCUUGCGCUCGAAGUCUUGGACGUCGGCGGCAACGGAUUCGGGGACGCCGGUUGCGUGGCGAUUGCAGUAGCAAUGACGCGCUCCUCAUCGCGUUCAAAGCUCAUUGAACUGCAUGUGGAUCAUAAUGGUAUUACGGACAUUGGCGGUGAGGCGCUUUUACGCGCCCUGGUCGCGCGUCGAGACGCGGGUACACCGUUGCGAACGGUAUGGAUUCACGGCAACGACAUCGACGGCGAAUUAGCCGCGCGCAUCACGCAGUGUUGUUCAACACACAUCAACGUCGAUGCCGCGACUGUCGUCGUUCGGGCGCUUGAAUCGAGCUCGUGUCCGUCGCCGACGGCAGAAGACAUUGACCGAGCCGAGCUCGAAGCCGCCAAGGCGAGUGAACGUCGCGACGACGACUCUUCGCGCUUAGCGAACAGAAUCGCAGCGAGAGUCGGCGCGGAGUAUAAAGUUCGCUGUGCCUCUCACGCCGCAGCGACGAGAGGGACGGCGGUCAUCGCUGGAAUUGUCCUGACAGAUGUGAAAGAGCUCGAACCGCACGACAUCACGGUCGUGUCUCUCGGUGUCGGUACGAAAUUCAUUCCCUGCGAUGUCGCCACGGCGAUAGAGCGAGCGAGUAAAGACUGCCUUUGGAACGCGCACGUGCACGACAGUCACGCCGAAGUUCUCGCUCGAAGAGGCUUUCUUCGAUUUCUAUACAGAGAAAUUGAAUCGUUCGUUCGCUCCGGGGAAUCUUCUUGGCUUGAAAUAACCACAAAGGGCGCGGCGACGCUCAAACGCGGUGUUGCUGCUCACUUGUACGUCUCCACGGCGCCCUGCGGGGCGGCAAGCGCGGGGCCAAAGGGUACGGUGACGCACGAUUGGGUCGACGACCAUAGCGAGGCGUAUCAAAUGCAUGAUAUACCGUUGAAGAAUUCACUCUGGUUUGGCUCGUCCUACAAGGGAAACGAUGGCGAUGACCAAGGUCAAGUUCCGCCGGGGUGCGUUUUAAUCCCAAACGCCGAGCUCGCGUUGGGCGUCGCUGGAAAGUCGUUGUCGUGCAGCGAUAAAAUUGUUCGAUGGCACGCGCUUGGAUUACAAGGAGCGUUACUCAGUCAUUUUAUUGAGCCAGUGCGUCUUUCGUCCGUCGUCAUCGGGCGUAAGUUCGAUUUCGCGCGCUGCACGUUUGCCACGUGUUGUCGCGGCAGAGCGCUCGCGACGGAUGCGCUUCCGCAUCCGUGGAUGAUGUAUAGCGGUAUCAAACUAGAGAGUGGUGGUGGCGACACCGCAAGUGGUGGUCGAGAACUCGCGGGAGACGGUGAUGAAAGCAUUUCUUGGUCGUUCGGCGAAGGUACGCCUUCCGCGCACGACGGACGCACCGGUGUCUCCAUUGGAGGCGGCGGUGCGAUUUCCAUUUGCUCUCGAGCGGUGCUUUGGUAUCAAUUCUCAAACUUAGUCAAAGUCGUGCAAAACACACCUGCGUGCGCACUUCGCGCACCAAAUGUGAAUGGAUGGACGUACGAUGAAACCAAGCGAGCGGCAACGUCGUACUCGAGUGCGAGGCGAAAAGUUUUUGCCGAGACGUAG